UCAGGAUCAUCUCUACCAGAGUUGCUGUUCCUGUAUAAAUAUGGCCCUUUGUUAUAUUGCAAAGAUUCUUCUAUUUGCUCACAUUGGGUUACAAGGAGCAGCCGCAACAAAUGAAACCACUACUCCAAUGACAAGCGGUACGUCAGCAGCGGGGACAUCCGGCACCGGUGUUCUGUAUGAAUACGGGAACGCAACUGAUCGUCUAACCGCAAGAGGUGAUGGUAUUGUGUCGGUAAAUCCUACUGUCAAGUUCCCUUUUGGGGGAAACACCUAUUCUUCUUUUGACCUGUACAACAGAGGACUCCUGUAUUUCAAUGGAUUCGUUAUUGCCCCGUUUAGUGCCAACAUUUAUAACGCAGUAUCUGGUAACAUUUACUACCGGCAGAGCGCUGAUCCCAGCCUCCUGGCAAACGCAACGCAAGACAUCAACACCUACUUUCCAGGUUUAGGGUUCUCUGCCCAGUGGGUGUUUAUAGCGACAUGGGACAAGGUGCCACAGAAUGGAGGAAAUGCCAGUCAGGUGAAUACGUUCCAGGUUGUUCUCAUCACAGAUGGGACCAUUUCAUUUGCUCUUUUUAACUAUGCGGAUAUUCAGUGGACAAAUGGUGCACAGGACAGAUUCGCUCACCACUACUGGGUACAAUGGCUUAUUGGAAAAACGGAACCCAAGUUUAUCAGUUAA